AGAAUGAAAUCUCUAUACCAUUUUACUUUGUUAUUCCAUUAUGUUGGGCUUGUAAUAUUGACUAUUUUGAAAUCUCCAUACACUGAUAGUGACCGCCGUUGUGUUAGGAUCGGAAUCAAACUUCAACGAUGAACCAAACAGCCCUUUCACCACCAAACCACUGGCACCCCACAAAUCAACCAAACCUAAACCCUUUCACCGCUUCACCCACCACCUUCAAUCAAAUCCAAUUCCUUCGAUUCAACAACCAAAACGACAAACAAAACCUCCCAAUCUUGCGUUCCGCCACAAACCCUUCAUCCCACCUCCCACCGGUCGUCGUCGUAGGCUCCGCCAAUGCUGACAUCUACGUCGAGAUCGACCGACUCCCAAAGGAAGGCGAAACAAUCUCGGCAAAAACCGGUCAAACUCUAGCCGGCGGGAAAGGCGCUAACCAAGCUUGCUGCGGUGCUAAACUGUCACAUCCGACUUACUUCGUUGGUCAGGUCGGGAAUGACGCUCACGGAAACCUCGUCGCCGAUGCUCUUCGUGAGGGUGGUGUUCGUUUAGAUUAUCUAGCUGUUGUGCCGUCUGCUCCGACUGGACAUGCCGUUGUUAUGCUUCAGGAUAGUGGACAGAAUUCCAUUGUUAUUGUUGGUGGUGCUAAUGUGAGUUUUUGGCCUCAGAGUUUGCAGCUUCGGCAUUUGGAGGUUGUUUCUUCCGCUGGGAUUGUUCUGUUGCAGAGGGAGAUUCCUGAUUUUGUUAAUGUUCAAGUGGCAAAGGCUGCAAGGAAUGCUGGUGUCCCGGUAAUAUUUGAUGCUGGGGGAGUGGAUGCACCAAUUCCACAAGAAUUACUGGAUUUUGUUGAUAUUUUUAGUCCUAAUGAAAGUGAACUUGGUCGCCUUACAGGAUUACCGACUGAAAGUUUUGAAGAGAUUACACAAGCUGCUGCGAAAUGCCAUAAACUGGGUGUUAAGCAAGUUCUUGUGAAACUUGGUGCCAAAGGAUCUGCCCUUUUCAUAGAAGGAGAAGAACCAAUUCAACAACCAGCCAUUUUUGCUAAAACAGUCAUUGAUACAACCGGAGCUGGCGAUACUUUUACUGCUGCUUUUUCUGUAGCGUUAGUGGAGGGAAAGUCCAAAAAGGAAUGCCUCAGAUUUGCCGCUGCUGCAGCUUCUCUUUGUGUUCAAGUCAAGGGAGCAAUUCCCAGCAUGCCUGAUAGAGAGUCUGUUCUCGAACUUCUUAAUCACCAUUGAAGAUAUACAUGCAAAAGAGGUCACAAUAAAGAGUAGCAGGAACAGAAUAACUGUGCAUGGCACAAGGAAGACCCUUGAAAAUGACAAGGAAAACAAGUUUUCUUUAGAAGUUUUUUUUUGAAGAUUGGCACUUGGGGGUUGUAGUUGUUUGUCAUUUCAAUCCUCUCUCUAUCACUGAAUCUAUUAUUGAGUGAAAUGUAUAUGAAAACUACACUUUGGGAAUGAGUUCUACCUAAAAUAAUGGGAUCCAUAAAGUGUUCCUAGCACUCCUCAUCAAAACAAAUAUGGAUAAUAUUUCCUCAUUUCUUGAGUUCUUUCAUAUUGAUGUGAUGUCUGCACACUUAAAUUUUUUUUAUCAAAUGAUAAAUUGUUUACUUGGA